ACCAGUGGUGUGAAGUGGAUGUAAUGAAAGAUAUAUACGCAGAUAAAAUUUUAUUCAAUCAUUCCUACUACUUCCUAAGCCGAGGAAGAAAGACUAAGGAUUCCAGCAUAAUUGAAGGGACAUUUGAAGGAAACAAGGUUAUGUAUGUCUACGACAAAGGUAUCAAAGCAGAAAUUAAGUACGAAAUUUUGUUUUGGGAUAAAACCAAACACUGUGCUGUGAUUAAAGUCCUACCAAUGUCCAGCUUCUACGGUCAAAAGUCGCACGACCUGCGGGUUUGGAACUCAUCUAUUCUUCAAGGCCCGUCGCAAGAAUGUCUAAAAAAGUACAAGGAGGUAGAAAAAGACGGACGUCUUAUUUACAACGCAACCUGCCAGCAAAUACUGCCAAAGAGGUUUCCACCAGAGCACCCGCAACCGCUUCCUAAAGGACAUAAAUCUUCGGGGUAG